AUGCCUUUACAGCUUUUCGAUAUCCUCUCGCAACCUCACCAGUCUCCUGGUGCUAAUACCUUCACCGACGUGUGGAUACAUCCUGAAUCUAUGAAUUCUUUGAUGCAGGCUAUGCUCGAAAGUAACGGCUCAAGCAGCACCACUUUCGGCUAUGCAAACGACAAUUCGUUCUCUCCCUCUGUACAGCUGGCCUUCACUGAUCCAAUGUCAGCUCUCUGGGAUAUGACGACGAUAGGACAGAGUAGCCUUCACGUACGGUAA